AAUAAAGAACUAAUGAGCUCAAAGUCAAUCUUGUUGAAGAACCUCACCGGUCGAUUACACACCAAAAACUAACCACCAUCUUCAUCCUCUACCUCCGUAAUCAUCAUCUCCAAUUCUCCACUUCAAUUCGGUCUCCGCCGCUUUUGGUGAUCAAUUCAGAUCCUGAUCCGCCGUCGUUUACGGCUAAUGGAGGCAGCUGCUGGCGGCGCUGGUCCGGCGCCGUUUCUCAUCAAGACCUAUGAAAUGGUUGAUGACUCGGCUACCGACGAGAUCGUCUCAUGGUCCUCUUCCAAGAACAGCUUUGUGGUCUGGAAUCCCCCUGAGUUCGCUCGCGUUCUUCUUCCUACGUUUUUCAAGCACAACAACUUCUCCAGCUUCAUUCGGCAGCUUAAUACCUACGGCUUUCGAAAGAAAGAUGCUGAGAGGUGGGAAUUUGCCAAUGAAGAUUUCAUAAAGGAUGAAAAACAUCUGCUGAAGAACAUCCACCGUCGGAAACCAAUUCACAGUCACAGUAAUCCUCAAGGAUCUCAUGUAGAUCCAGAAAGAGCUGCUUUUGAAGAUGAAAUAGGGAGGCUAUCAAGUGAAAAAACAACAAUUGAAGCUAAUAUCUCAAGGUUCAAACAGAAAAAAUCGAGUGCUAAACUUCAGUUGCAAGAACUAACGAUGAAGGUGGAAAGCGUGGAAAAAAGGCAGAAGAAUUUAUUGGCUUUCUUAGAAAAGGCUGUACAGAACCCUUCUUUUGUUGAACAUCUUGCUCGAAGGGUCGAGUCUAAGGACUUCACAGCAUUUAACAAAAAGAGACGACUGCCUUCUGCUGAUCAUUCACAGCCAGUCAUCGAAAACAGUUUUUUGGAUAGCCAUUGUAGUUCCAAAUCUGAGCCUGGGAAUAUUUUUCAUCAAGAUUUCUCACAUAAGCUGAGAUUAGAAACUUCAUGUGCAUCAGAUAUUAACUUGAUUUCAUGUAGCACUCAGAGUUCAAAUGAAGAAGGGGGAAGUUCACAACGAAAUAUGUCAAGAGCUGUCCAAGAACAUCUUCAUUUUGCAGCUGAAACAUUAGAUCUCUCAGACACUGGGGCAUCGUUUAUAUUGAAGAGGGAUUCGUCUUUGUCAGGGAAAUCACCUAAUGACAAGAGCCCACUUCUGCACUUAUUGCAACCAUAUGUUAGUUCCAAAGAAGAUGGAGAAAGUCACAUCUCCUGCCAUUUGAAUCUCACCCUGGCUUCUUCUUCGCUGCGAAACAACGACACUUCUUGUUCAGUUAGAACUCCACAACUGAGUCAGAAUGUUCGAAAAUCCCCAGAUUCAAAGGUAACUUCAAAUGGAAAAGAAUCAGAUAUGAGACUGGGUUGUCCCCAAGACACCUCAAAGAACAAUCGUGGACCUCCAGCUGCUCCUAUCAGGGUCAAUGAUGUUUUCUGGGAACAGUUUCUUACCGAAAGACCAGGUUGUCCUGAAAGUGAAGAGGCAAAUUCUAACCACAGGGAAAAUCUAUACAAGGAGACAGAUGAUGGAAGAUCAGGCCUAUCUCUUUGACUAUUGAGGUAAUUCCAAAGGUUUUCUAACACUUAAUGUAGGUUUCUCUGUUUCUAUAGAUCACAUAGUUAGUUUUGACAUUCAGUUAACAAUUAGUGAAGUCUGAUUAGGAUUUGCUGUUACUUUCUCUAGGUUCUUUGUGAUUUUUCGGAGUUACUCGUAUGUUGUUGCCUGAGAUCUGUUGAGGAUUGUUGGGAGUGGAGUCCCACCUCGGCUAAUUAAGGGGUUGAUCAUGAGUUUAGAAGUAAGGAAUAUAUCUCCAUUGGUACGAGGUCCUUUGGGGAAACCAAAAGCAAAACCACGAGAGCAUAUGCUCAAAGUGGACAAUGUCAUACACAAUACCAUUGUGUAGAUUCAUGAUUCCUAACAUCUUCGUGGUACGCUUACAACCGUGCAUAAUGGCGUUCAUUCAUGAGAGUGAUUAGGAAGGUCAAUUUUACAACUUAUUAAAUACCUUAGCUUAGAGAUGACUUCACCACAACUUACCUCGAAUACUUCAUCUGUAUAUUCAUGGAAAAUUUUGCUAAGAAACACACACACAUGUGUCUAUGCUGAGUUGCUUAACCAUUUUGGAAGUUGAGUGCACUCUCUGGAAUAAAUUGUCUUGGAGCCUA